CCACUGUAGUUUUAUAUAUUAGUAUAGAUAUGAUAAGAUAAGUCCGAUCGGAUGAGCACCGAUUCCCCGGUUGUGACUGCAAAGCGCAGGGGCUCACAACGUCGCCUACCACCAGUAAUGAAGGGUGCCUGCCACUAUUAUUCGUUGAUAUUUAAAUAUUGUGCUAACUACCCUCUAUUUUUCUAUAAAACGCAUUUGUAAACUUUUACCGAACAUAUAUUUCUGCCUUCAAAAUAGAUGAAAUAAAUUCUUUAAUGGACGCAUUUCUAGUUAUUUUUGGAAGAGAGCACUAGUGGUUGACAUGUUUUGUUUAUAAUCUUUUUUUUAAUAUUCAGAAUCAUUACUGUAAACCUUUUGUCAGUCAACGACUAGUAUCGUGAGUAAUGCCAAACACUAGUGCCGAUAUCUUUCCGAUACUACCCUAGUAUAGUAUAGUUAUUAGGACCACGUAACUAUCGUAUCUGGUGUGACUUUGUGAUAACAGACAGAGGAUGCAGGCGUCGCAUUAUAAUUACUUUAUAUUUUAGUAUUCGAGCGCCAUUAACCGUAUUUGAGUUUGGACAUAGACAAUCUUUAGAACGUCUGGUUGUAGCUAACGAUCACAGGACUUUUUGGACGGGAACCCGAGGAUUGAAGUCAUGUGAUUUGUUUUAUUUUGUCUAUUUAGUGUUCAUUCGUAUUUCUUCUUAUUUUCUUAUUAUAUUGGAGAAAAUGGAAUUAAUUCUUUUCUAGUUCAUUAAUUCUGGAAUAUUCCAUAUCAUUGUAAAUAUUUAGUACUAGUCUAGUAUACGUCCUAGUAUUGUGCGUCUCAAAACAAGUCCUUUUCGUUUUGUCUGUCUGUUUAUUAUUCCGAUGCGGAACUGUCUCGCUGAUGAUGACUUCGUUUUCCCUCAGUGUCCGGUUUGUCAGAAAAUGGAGAAAUCUAAGAAACGCCUCCAGAUCCACGUCUCAAAAAGACACCGCCCCCGGCCCACGUACAGGUACAUGUGCCCUAUGUGUUCGAAGAACUACCAGCAGACGGAUCACGUCAGGAGACACAUGGCGCGCUGCCACGGCGUCUCCAGGGACCAGCAGGGACAGAUCCAAAAACUGCCAAUAGAAUCGUUUAGUAAUCUGGCAACACUGAAACACUAGUUUUGUAGCGACAUCUAUCUGUGAUAUGAAGAAGCCGGGCAAAGGAAUCUCCCGUUUUAUAUGCGACUUAUCACCAUUACUGCGGGGUGACGACGUGUUCACGCCUCCAGUGCAGCAAAGAGAACGCGUUAGCCUACAAUUUCUUCCCCAUUACGUUUCAAGACUAUUUUUUCAAAAGCCAAUUCACUCGUAGAUCCGGCUCGAAGGAUCAAACUUUAAAAGCAGCUCUUUAAAGUGGCGAGUGUGAUAUAUGUGUGUGUUUAAGAGACGUUAUUAUAUCCAUUUUACCUACAUAAACAUUACUUUUACAGUCAUAAGUCAUAUGUUAAUGCACAUUCAUAUUAGAAGAAGCAUAAAACAGUUCACAUAACCUCACUCCUCGUUUUCCCGCCAAAAAGUCGCUUGUUCUGAACUACAAUAUUACUUUCGUUUGUUUUUUUUAAACCUUGUACAACUUAGAAUAGUUAAGCAAUCUAACCAGUAGUAAGUGAUGUAAUAAAACAGUAUUGUUAAAUAUAAAUUGUAAAUUAGUUUUUGUAAAUAUAGUAAGAAAUAAAGA